UUGUAGAGUCCAGCAGGAGAGCGCAGUCUUCCCUAGACCCAGCGGUGUCUCCUUGAAGAGUGACCGCUCUAUGGAUAGACGUCCUGGUUUAAAAGAUGGACACACCUUAAGAGAGGAGAGACAUCCCCAUGAACCGGCUGAUACACUGUUGGGCGGCUCUGCUGCUGUCGAGUGCCAACUUAAAAUCAAGUCUCAUUUGAAGAAGAAGUUCAAGUGUGUGUAUGAGGGAAUCCCUAAAGCAGGACUGCCAACAGGUCUGAACGACUUUUACACAGAGCUCUUUAUCACAGAGAGAGGCAGUGGAGAGGUCAACCAGGAACAUGAGGUCAGACUGAUUGAAACAGCUUCCAGGAAGCUGGCCAGGAAGGAAACACCAAUUAAAUGUGAAGACAUCUUUAAAGCCUUACCUGAACACGAUCAACGAAUAAGAACAAUGCUGACAACUGGAGUGGCCGGCAUUGGUAAAACCGUCUUAACACACAAGUUCACUCUGGACUGGGCUGAAGGCAAAACCAACCAUGACAUAGACUUCACAUUUCUCCUCACUUUCAGAGAGCUGAAUUUACUGAAAGGUAAAGAGUUUAGCUUGGUGGAACUUCUUCAUCACUUCUUUAUUGAGACCAAAGAAGCAGGAAUCUGCAGGUACGAAAUGUUCCAAGUUGUCUUCAUCUUGGAUGGCCUGGAUGAGUGUCGACUUCCUCUGAACUUCCAGAUAAAAACGCACUGGACUGAUGUCACAAAGUCCACCUCGGUGGACGUGCUGCUGACAAACCUCAUCAGGGGCGACCUGCUUCCCACCGCUCGCAUCUGGAUAACCACACGCCCUGCGGCAGCCAAUCAGAUCCCUGCUGAGUGUGUUGACAUGGUGACAGAGGUGAGAGGGUUUAACGACCCACAGAAGGAGGAGUACUUUAGGAAGAGAUUCAGAGAGCAUAAUCUGGCCAGCACAAUCAUCUCCCACGUCAAGACAUCAAGAAGCCUCCACAUCAUGUGUCACAUCCCAGUAUUCUGUUGGAUUACUGCUACAGUUCUGGAGGACUUCUUCAAAACAUCCCAGACAGGAAAGAAGAUGCCCAACACUGUGACUCAGAUGUACAUCCACUUCCUAGUGAUUCAGUCCAUACAGGGGGACAGGAAGUACCAUGGGAGAGCUGAAACAGAUCCAAACUGGAGUUCAGAGAGCAAGGAGAUCAUUGUUUCUCUGGGAAAACUAGCUUUUAACCAGCUGGAGAAAGGCAACCUGAUAUUCUAUGAGGCAGACCUGGCAGAGUGUGACAUCAAUAUCAGAGCAGCCUCAGUGUACUCAGGAGUGUUCACCCAGAUCUUUAAAGAGGAGUGUGGGCUGUACCAGGCCAGGGUGUUCUGCUUUGUCCAUCUGAGCAUCCAGGAGUUUCUGGCUGCCCUUUAUGUCUUUCAGUCCUUCAUCAACAAUGGUGUCAAUCUGCUCUCAGGAAAACUAAGAACCCCCAGGACAGAUCAACUCUUCCUCUACCAGAGUGCUGUGGACAGGGCCUUACAGAGUGAGAACGGACACCUAGACUUGUUCCUCCGCUUCCUCCUGGGCCUCUCUCUGGAGACCCAUCAGAUUAUCCUACAAGAAAAGCUCAGUGAACUGAUAGGAAGAAACUCCCUGACCAAUCAGACAGUCGGUUACAUCAAGAAAAAGAUAAAUGGAGAUCUCUCUCCAGAGAGAAGCAUCAAUCUGUUCUACUGUCUGAAUGAGCUGAAUGACCAUUCUCUAGUGAAGGAGAUCGAACAAUACCUGACAUCAGAAAGACUCUCCAGAAAAUCUCCCUCCCCUGCUCAGUUUUCAGCUCUGGUCUUCAUCUUACUGACAUCAGAACAGGAGCUGGACGUGUUUGACCUGAAUAAAUACUCUGCUUCAGAGGAGGGUCUUCUGAGGAUGCUGCCAGUGGUCAAAGUCUCCAAAACAUCUGUGCUGAGUGGCUGUCAUCUGUCAGAGAGAUGCUGUGAAGCUCUGGCCUCAGUUCUCAGCUCCAACUCCUCUAGUCUGAGAGAGCUGGACCUGAGUAACAAUGAUCUGCGGGAUUCUGGCGUGAAGCUGCUAUCUGCUGGACUGGGGAGUCCACACUGUAAACUGGAAACUCUCAGGUUGUCUGACUGCCUGGUCACACAGGAAGGCUGUGCUUCUCUGGCCUCAGCUCUGAGCUCCAACCCCUCCCAUCUGAGAGAGCUGGACCUGAGCUACAAUCACCCAGGUGACUCAGGAACUGCGCUGCUCUCUGCUGGACUGGAGGAUCCAAGCUGGAGACUGGACACUCUCAGUGUGGAGCAUGGUGGAUGGUGGAGGGUGAAACCAGGACCACAGAGGUAUGCCUGUGAACUCACACUGGACCCAAACACGGCCCGCAUAGGACUCUCUCUGUCUGAGGACAACAGAAAGGUGACGCGGCCUGGAAACCAGUUGUUUCCUGAUCACCCAGAUAGAUUUGACUACUGGUUCCAGGUGUUGUGUAGGGAGGUUCUGACUGGCCGCCAUUACUGGGAAGUAGAGUGGGAAAAACGCGUUGAGAUAGGAGUGACAUACCGAGGGAUCACAAGGAAAGGAGAGGGUGAUAAAAGCUUGCUUGGACGGAACAACAUGUCCUGGACUCUUGUUUGUCGUGAUGAUGGUGGUUACGCUACCGUGCACAAGAAUAGAGAGACAGCUAAAAAUCUCCCCCCCGCUGGCUCUACCAGAGUAGGAGUGUAUCUGGACCGGCCUGCUGGCACUCUGUCCUUCUACAGAGUGUCCCCAGAUGGAGGAGGGUCCUCAGACACACUGACACUCAUCCACACCUUCCAGUCCACCUUCACCCAGGAGGACCUUCUCCCUGGGUUUUGGGUAUGGGGGGAUGCCUCAGUGACUCUGCGUCGGUGGUAGAAUAAAA